AUGAUAUGGGAGUACUAUGACGGUAAAAUCCUUUUUUUGACUGGAGGAACAGGGCUCAUUGGCACCUCCAUUCUUUUGAGGCUUUUGAACCAAGCAACUCCUGAGCAUAUCUACGUGCUUUGCCGGGGCGGUUACUCAAAAGCUGAAUCAAAAUGGAACAACACGCUGCCGGCACCCAUCGCGAAUACUCUAACCCGAAGCCACAUUAUAACGAUUCUGGAUGGCGAACUAGGUGAUACAGCAACGAUGGAUCUCGACGACGACACAUUGCAAAUGCUGAAAAGACGGGUCCAUGUAUUCAUUCAUGCUGCAUGUUCAAUCGAGCUGAAAAACUCCCUUCGAGAACUGUCUUACACUAUCAUUGCGCCGACACUGUGUCUUGCAAAGUACGCUUUGAAAUUCCCGAAUCUGGAGAAGUUUGUCUUUAUUUCAAGCGCUUAUGUCAAUGCGCAUCUUUGGAAGACGAGCGAUUCUUGCGACGUGGCGGUCCAAGAGCGAGUGUAUUCCCUGAAUAGGAAGAGUGAAGACAUCCAUGAGAGCGCGCCUGAAGUUUGGAAAGAGGUCCAGAAAAACGGGACCUCGCAUGAAUUCGAGACGAACGACUUUCCAUGGCCAUAUGCGUACGCAAAACACUUGGCUGAGCGGCUGGUCCUACACCAGGCGUCUGAGAAAGGUGCCUUGGACAAGAUCCUCAUCAUUCGGCCGUCAGUAGUUGGGCCAGCUGAAGAGUUUCCAUACCAUGGCUUCACGACCUCGUAUUCGAGUCCAUCAACAGCCUGUGCAGCUGCCUAUGCCUUGCAUCCUGGUCGCAAAAUUGUCCUCGCAACACGUUGUGAAAACCCCGAUCAAGAGGCCACCAUUGACGAAGUCCCUGUGGACGUGGUCGUCGAUCGGCUUCUAUUGCAUACGGCUGUCGGGACUAGUGGGUGCAUUCAUGCAGUCAGCGGAGAGAAGAGGAGAUUGCGCUUGGAAGACUGGUGGAAUGCAUUUAAAACCGAGCGCCGUCUGCCAUGGAAUGUGAAGCCUAUCUGGACCAAGGAGGACUGGCAUUCUUCUAAUCUGCACCACAUGGCCCGAAGCUUCAAGAUAAUUGGGACUUCCUUCGCUUUUGCAGAAGACAAGACAGACCAAGUGGUUGAGACACUUAGUCCAGAAGAGCUAGGGCAACUCAAAUUGUUCACAGAUCGCUCUCAGCCUUAUCAUCAUUCGCUGAUCCACCGGAGACACCAUAUUCACCAUCUGGCUAAAGAGAUGGUAAAGAAGAAUAAAUUGCCGGUGCCAGUCUUUAUGAUUGGAUUAUUCUGUCGAAAAGGCAAGCCACCACAACACUAUCAAACUCAGAGCGAAAAAGUUAGUGUAUAA